AGUUCGAGAUGUUCGAGUCCCUUCGCUCCGCGAGAGGACGGAACGGAAACUGGAAACGCUGUUUAAAACGAACAGAAGAGCAGUGUUGUCAUCAGAUAUUUCGUCAGAGAUCAUCAUGCUUUCACGACACACAAGUAAACUUUUGCGUUACUCAUAUUCACGUCCAAUCUCGCAUUGCCGUGGAUUCGUCUCGGCGAACGUUGAAACAGAUCCAGUGGAAAGAGAUCCAGCAUUGUUCUUCUUCAAAGAAGAAGUUCAGACGUGUCUCAGAACGUUGACGGCAGUGGACUACAACAAAGUCUUUCGGAACCGUAAGGACGGACACAAACUCGAGCCACCACAGUUAAAAUUUCUGACGGAUGAGGAGCUCCAGAAAGCUAUAGAAGCGGCAAAACGUAGAGCGGAGAAGUACUUGCAAAUGCCGCCGGUAGUAAAAACGCGAGUAGAUCAAACUGCGCUGUUAGACGAAGAUGUUGCGUUGGAAGGUCACAAUACCGCCAAAUACGUAUUCACUGACAUCACGUAUGGUCUUAAGGACAGAAAAAGAUUUAUAGUGAUCAGAGAACCGAACGGCACAUUAAGACACGCCACUUGGGAGGAGCGGGAUAGAAUGAUACAAACUUUCUUUCCAAGACCAGGAAAGAAACUGCGAAAACCAAGGAUGUUUGAGGGUGAAUAUCUGAAAGAUUUAUUGAAUCGCAACGAAUAUGAGUUCAUACUUGAUCGCGCGUGCGUGCAAUUCGAGCCAGACGACCCGAAUUACCAAGCGAUUACCCGAGAAGUCUACGAGCACAUAAACGCCGAGAGGCGUUUCGAUCUCUUGAGGUCCACGCGUCACUUCGGGCCAAUGGUAUUUCACCUAGUGUGGACGAGUAACAUCGACAACCUUCUGUGCGAGAUGAUCGAAACCGGUCGCGUCAAGGAUGCCGCGUUGCUAAUACGUCUGUGUCAUAUUAUUAAUCCGACGAGCAAGUCGGCAGUUGAACCGUGCGAGCACACAGACGACGUGCAAUUCAUUAUGCAUUACGCGAACUUAGAAAAUUUGCCAAAAAGAGAUAGGAUUCAGAAGCUCCUGCAAUCGUACAAAGAAUUGCAACGGGAAAAUGAAAUUUUGAUAGAAGGUAUAAAACAGGCGCACGGCAUUUCUUCGGAAGCAGAUAAAGUGUAAAUAUUAACAAUAAAUAAUAAUAUAAUAUUAAUUUUAAUCAAUA